AUGGCGAAGAAUGCAGCCUCUGAGCACUAUCCUUCCACUAAGACUCUGUGCUUCUCCGUUUUCCUGACCUGUCUGUGGUCUUCGCUGCCUGCUGACGCUGCUUCUCUUUGCUACAGCUUCACUGUGGGCAAGUCCGGGUCUGGACCGUGGUGGCAAGUCCAAGGCCAACUGAACACAGAAACUUUUAUUUACUGUGAUCGUAACAAUAACUACCAUGCCAUUGGUCUUCUGGGGAACAGACUGAGUGCACAAAGACCUGGGAACCACAGGUUAGGGACAUUCAUUGUUUUCAUGGAGGAAGAAAAUAAAUCACUGGUCAUCCCACCUAAAAGGACCAGCAGCAAGGAAGCCAGAGCAAGGUCAGAGGAUGGGAAGGGAGGCACAGAGCCCCUCACUCUGCAGGCCACGAUGCAUUGUGGACAUGAAGUAAAUGGAGAUAUCCGUGGAUUCUGGGACUUUGACCUCAAUGGACAGAAAAUGUUGCAUUUUGACUCAAGCACUGGAAAGUUGACUGAAGUUGAUUCUGAAUCCAGCCAGAUGAAAAGUAUGUUGGAGAAAAACAAGGAAGUAACUGACUUCUUAUACAGGACCUCACAGGGGGACUGCAGGUCCUGGCUUGAGCAGUUCAAGUCACACUGGGAAGAAAAGCUGGAGCCUACAGCCUCGCCAAUUGCUCCAGAUGUGGACCUGGCUUCAUCCAUGGCCAGCAAGCACAACAUCUCUGUCCCGCUGAUAAUCCUCCCCUACACCGUUUUUUCUGUGGGUUCUGAGGAGAAUCUGUGA